AAUGUAUGUUAAAAGAUCUAUAUAUUGUGAGAGUACAUGGAAAUAAAUCAUCAUUCGCCUUCAGGUCUCAGUGAAGAUAGGACGUGUUUAGAUUUGUUUCAAUAUGUUAUUGUACCAUACAUCAGCCCUCCUCUGCUUGGUAGCACUGGCAAGUGCCCAAUACGCUCCACCAGGAGUACCAGAAAACGCAGCUCCUCAAGGAGGUUAUGUAGCACCACCAGCCUUUGCAGCAGCCGCUCCACCAGUCUUCUUUGCUCCACCAGCAUUUCCAUUUUUUGCUCCCCCACCACCAGGGUUCGCCCCUCCGCCCCCUGCCUACGCUCCACCACCUCCGAUUUUUGCUGCAUCAUUUGCACCUCCACCUCAAGCUAAUGGCCCAGCAUUUGCAUUUGCUCCAGCUCCUGAAGUGAGCGGUCCACCAUCUCAAGGAUUUGCUGCUGCUCCAGAAGGGAAUGCACCUCCACCUCCAGCAUUUGCCCCACCGCCCCAAGUUAAUGCUCCACCUCCUCCUGCAUUUGCCCCUCCACCCCCUGCAUUUGCCCCUCCACCACCUGCAUUUGCCCCUCCACCACCUGCAUUUGCCCCUCCACCACCUGCUUUUGCCCCUCCACCAGCAGAGUUCACCCAAGCGAUUGCUUUCUCACCAGUAGCGCCACCAACUCUGCUGGCCGCCCCUGCUGGAGCUGAAUUCGCACCACCCCCAGUUGGAUUUGCACCAGCAGGAAGACCUCCGCCCCCUGCACCAGCUAAGGAAUACGGUCUGCCCAAUGUUGUCUGAGGGAGGAACAGCUACUCCAUGCUAGAGUAAAGCGUGGGCUACACUUAUCAUGCAGCUUUCUGAUCCUACUCCCAUUCAAUCACAUAUGAUCAGUGAUGACAACAGCCUGGAAUGAUGCAUGCCACACAUGUCUGUCUUCCCCCCACCUCUUCACCCCACAUACAUAUUGGACAUGAGUAGGCUCAGAACGCUGUAUGUUAAGUGCCGCUCUGGCUUUACAAGCGUUUUUUCCCAUACAAAUUCACCAGAGGAGAUUGGAGUAAAAUAUUUGUGCAUAAUGGAAGUGAUAAUAUGAUAAAUGUUGGAAGAUUUUUUGAUAAAAAACUCAAUUUGAACAGGAUGAAUUGCAAUGAGAAGAUGAAGUGGAAAAAGUGAAUAUUUUCAUCAUAUAAUAAAUGAGCUAGAUCUAGACAAUAGAUUAAGCAAGUAAUCUAGACAAUAUAUUUAGUACAAUAGAUUACUCUCUCAAUAUUUCGAGCAAAGUGGAGUUCUGAUCAAUAUUAGAAACUGAUUUCAACAAACUUUACUGGAUUGGAAUGAAAUUUUGAACAGAGCUAUGUAACUUAAAAUAGUUUGGUCCUCUAUAAGUCAUGAAUGGAAAGAAUAAACUAUUCAUGAAUGAAUAGUGAAAAAUUGCCUUUAUAGGUGCGUACAUAUUUACGCGCCGCGAACAUGAGCAAUUCACUUUUAAUCAGCCGAUGCCAAGCUUUUUAUAUCUGUAUCUUACCGUUUCUGUAAAAAUACAUAUAUAGUCAGCUGAUUAAAAGUGAAUUGCUCAUGUUCGCUAUCACUGUCUGUACAAUCUGUACGCACCUUGAGAAAUACUAGAGGCACGGAGUUUCGACCGAAAUUCAAGGACCAAUCUGGGUCUAAUGUAAUGGAAAUUGGAGAUACUUGUAAUAGGCUUCCAUAAACAACAGAAAUAGAUCCAUUACUUGCCAUAGUAGUUGUGGAAGUCAGUAAAAGCCUCAUAACUUUUUCAGACAUAAUUUCUGUGCUAUACCAUGAUCUGUCUUUUUAGAUCAGAAAACUAAGCUCUUCUAAACAUGAAAUACGACUUCUAAUUUUCAGCAAUUCCCAAAUCUGUUGAUUUGUCUUAAUUAGUAUUCUAAUGAUUAUGGAUAAGUCUUCAAAUGAAUAUCUCAAGUAUCAUCUUCUAUACCUUCCAUGUGCUAUGAUUUUAUUGAAAGCAUUAUUUUAUAGUUUCAUAGUACUGUACUAUUGGAAGAAACCAUGCUUGGUGCCUAUUGAAUUUGAAUUGAAUUUUAUUGACUAGGAGAAAAUUGUUAUUUUUGUAUCAGAAUUGAAUAAAAAUUGUUUUGGAA